AAACAUACAUUAUAUUAUAUUAUAUUAUAUUGUGGUGGCAAGUAGAAGAUAAAAAAGGUAAAGAUGAUGGGUUUCAGUGGAGAAUCAGAAUCGUUUGUAAACCUGGCGGAAGAUUUGGUGAUUGAAAUUUUGUUGAGAUUGCCGGGAAGAUCUCUGAUGCGAUUCAAGAGCGUGUGCAAAUCAUGGAAUUCCAUAAUCAACAGCUCUUCCUUCAUACACAAACACUUCCUCAUCGAUCGGGAUCCGUAUAUCGUCCUCACAAGCCACGGCGGAAAGUUUGGAACUCGCUUUCUUACUUACGACCAUACUCUCGGAGCAGUGGACGUUGGAGAGAAAAUAUGCGGGAUAGACAAGAAAGGAAGCGGAGGAGUGCCUUGGGACGCCACGGAAUUGUCACCCACACAACCUCGUCAAGGUCAUCUUGAUAACAUUAAUAAAUGGUUAAAACUGGAUUGCUAUUCUUCUUGCAACGGUCUCAUAUUUGUUAAAUACGCUAACAUGGGCAAUAUGGCUGCGUGGUAUAAGUAUGCCUUGUGGAACCCUGCAACUGGAGAAUCAAAGGAAAUCCCAAUUUUUCCUGACCCACCAAGGUUUGGAUAUGGAUAUUCGGAUGAAGAAGAAGAUUAUCCUCAAGAUUUUGGAAUUGGGUUCGAUUCCAAAAAUAAUGAGUACAAACCCUUCUACACUUGCAGCGACAUCGAGCUGGAUGUUAUGGUAAUUAAGAUAUACAGCUUCAAGACAGAGCGGUGGAAGAUCAUAGAAUGCUCUGGUAUUAUUUCGCAUGGAGUACUUUUCGAGGUUGUGAAUUCCGAAGCCGAAGGAAUGUCACACUGGAUAGGAUUCAGCUCCCUUGUUGAUAGAGAAGUGAUUGUUUCGUUCGACAUAAACACUGAAUUGGUUCAAACCACACCCUUUCCUGAUGAUAUUAUUGCUACUUAUACUUAUACUUAUUCUACUUAUUAUCCCUGGAUUCCUAGUUGUCCUUAUCCUUUGCGUUUCAAUGAAUCCCUUGCUCUUGUGGUUACUCAGCUUCACAGCAGCUUUGUGGUAGGAAAAAGUUUUGAUAUAUGGGUUUUAGGUGAAUACGGCAACAAGGAUUCAUGGACUAAGCUAUUUACUAUUGGACCCCUGUCUGCCAGAAUUGAAAGAGUGGUGGGAUUUUGGAGCCAAACCAAGAUAUUCGUGAGCGAGAAUAAUGACAAGGAGGUUGAUGGUAAGGAGGUUAAGCGCACGGUGUUUAAGUACUAUGAUACAGUUACUAAACAAGCGUUAAAACUUCAACCCGUUGAAAAAUAUACAAAUACAAGGGUGCUUAUUUGCCGACAGAGCUUAUUUCCUAUCUCAUGAAAUGACUGAUCGGAAAUGUGCAUUAUUAUAUUUCUUUGUUUUUGUUUUUGUUUCUAAUUUAGCUAUAUGUUAUUUGUUUCUUUUGUUUGUUUGGAUUUUUCAUCUUUGACGUUUUAGUGAGGUCAGAGAUGGUAGUUAUGUCUUGUUCAUCGAACUUUUUUGUAUUUUUUUAUUUAUUUUUAAUUUAAUUUUUACUUGUUUGAGCUGA